GCCUUACAGCCCCAACUCUGGAUGCAGCCUCUCUCUCUCUCUGUUUCAGACCGCAACCAUUUGUAAGGAACAGAACAUUUGUUUCUCAUUUACAGUGUUUCUGAUCUUUGUUUUUCAGUGUCUAAACAAUGGCUGAACGAGUUCACCCGCGUGACUCACCUCCUUCAUCCACUGAGUUAAAGAAGACGCCGUCUGCCUCACCGGAUCGUCCCUUGAAACCGGCAGCUCCAUUGCUGGAGAAACCUGUUUCUCCACCACCGGCUGGAACUUACGUCAUCCAAAUACCAAAAGACCAGGUCUACCGAGUCCCGCCACCAGAAAAUGCUAAACGUUAUCAACAGCUCUCUCGCCGGAAGCAUCGCCGGAGCACUUGCUGUUGCUGCCUCUGCUGGUUCUUUGGCCUCCUUUUUACUUUCAUUCUCCUCGCCGCCAUCGCUGCUGGUGUCUUAUACCUUGUUUUUCGGCCGGAAGCUCCUAAGUACUCAAUUGAGUCUGUCUCCAUUAAAGGUUUUAAUCUGACGUCAUCUGCUCCUCUUUCGCCGGAAUUUGACGUCGCUGUUAGAGCUCACAAUCCGAACAAUAAGAUCGGGAUUUAUUAUCGGACAGGAAGCUCCGUUAAUGUUUAUUAUAAUGAUGUUAGGCUCUGUAACGGUAAACUGCCGGUGUUUUAUCAGGGGACGAAUAAUGUGACGGUGUUUGUAGCGUCGUUGAAGGGGUCUGGAAUUGAGUUAACGAGUGCGGUGCAUAAGGCGUUGAUUAGCGGCGAAACCAAAGGAGCGGUACCGUUUAAGUUGAAUUUGAGGGCGCCGGUGAGAAUUAAAGUAGGGUCUCUGAAGACGUGGACGAUUACCGUUAAAGUAGACUGUGAUGUAACGGUGGAUAAAUUAACGUCCAAAUCUAAACUUGUGUCCAAACAUUGUGAUUAUGGUGUUGAACUGUGGUAGGAAUUGGGGGUGCUUGGCUGUAGAGUUAGGGAAUUUCGGUGGGUGGGGAUUUGAUUUUUUUUUUAUUUAUUUAUAAUUAUAUUGUUUUAUGUGACAGACAGAAUAUUAAUAUAAAUAUAAUAUAUACAUAUACGAUUCAUUAUUA